AUGCCCGACGACGCGGGUUCUCGAUGGACUGUCGCCGCGGCAGCGGCUGCCGCUGUGAACACGGGCAAAGUCCAGGAGACCAGGCCGGGCCUCCAGGGGGCCGAUGGCCUGGGCGACGCCUGCGCGCGGGCGCUGCAGGACUGCCUGCGGCGCAUCUCCGAGGCGGAGGCCGCGCUCGACGGCGCCCGCGCCGCGGUCCUGGGCAUCGGCGGCGCACCGCUCGGCGUCGAGAGGCCGGAGCUGCCCAAGGCGCGGAGCCCGCAGCCGCCACGGCGCUCCUCCACGUGGACUCCGGGGUCGGCUGCGGAGCAGGAACUGACACCUGUGCUCCAGCCCAGCGUGCGGUUCUUGGACCAGGCCCUGAUGUCCUGCACGGACCUGGACCCAGACCACAGGCGCGGCAGCCGCGCGUCUUCGAAGGGCAAGGCCAAGCCCAAGGCGAUGCAGUCCAGCUGGCGCCGCGCCUAUCCGGUAUGCAAGCCGGAGAGCAAGAAGUUGGUUAUGUGGCAUGGCGUCGGCAUUGUGUUUAUUGUGUAUUUGUGCCUACGGCGCGGUGACGGAUUCUCGAUCCCUUACGACCUUUGUUUUGGCCCACCCACGAGCCUCGGGAUGUUCAUAAUAGCCUCAGUCGUGGACGUCUACUACAUCACCGACGUCGUCUUGACGUUCAUGACAGCGUACGAGGAUGAGACGACGCAGAAGCUAGUGACAGACCCUGGAAAGAUCGCGAGGAGGUAUUUGAAGUGCUGGUUCUAUGUCGACUUCGUCGCCGCCAUACCCUGGGACUGGCUCGACACCCGCUAUCGGGGGGUCCUCGAAGGCGCUCCGCUCCCUGCGCGUGGCGCGCAUAGCGCGGUGCGUCCGGCUGCUGCGGCUGGGCCUCGUGGGCAGCCGGCUGGAGAUCUUCUUGGAGGAGAACCCGUCGCUGAGCUUCGCCGUCGGCGUUCUGAAGGUGCUCUUCAUGCUCCUCAGCAUCACCCACUGGGCGGCCUGCGUGUGGUACCUCGUGGGCACCAGCAGCGGGGGCCACACCUGGGUGGACGAGCAUCUGGACAGAAACAUGACCCCCGCAAAGGCACAAAUUCGGAUAUUCAUUGUAUUUCACCUUGA